AUGGGCGCCAAUGUGGCCAAACCCGCGGAACCGCUCAACGACCCGUGCGCGGACGCAAUGAAGGCCUACGUGAAGUGCGUGGAGGCAAAGACCGCUGAGAGCGGGGGACUGCGUGAUGGCGAAGAGUGCGAGAAGGAAAGUGAGGCGUAUCGCGAGUGCAGGCGCAAGGCCAAGGAGCUGAAAGCCGCGGUCAAAAAGUGA